AUGAAGGUCCAAAACUAUUUGCAGUGGUUCAGGGCGUGUGAGGUCGGAGACAUAGAUGCCAUCGUGGAGGCACUGCCCACGUAUGCAAAGAAGAAGAACAGCCGCGGUGACACUGCUCUGAUCCUCGCGUGUAAACGCGGAGAUAGGCGCAUAACAAAGCUUCUUGCCCCCAUUGAGCACGGCAUCUGCAAUGACCGCGGCGAGAAUGCCAUCCUCACUGCCAUCAGGUACGACCAGCCUGGCUGCGUCUCGGACAUGUGCAUGUACGAGAUAGCUACCCGGCUCAAGGACGGCUCUACGCCCUUGCAUUUUGCUGCUGCAAUGGAGAGCCUAAGGUCCAUCGUGCUGAUGCACGGUGCGCUCAAACGUGCCCGCGAUAGUGCCGGAAUGACUUCGUUCGAGUUGGCGUGUAGCCUGGGAAAGACGGAGUCGGUCAAGAAGCUAAUCGAGCUGGGGAACCAUAUAUCCAAACACGAUGCUGCUCGUGCCAUCAAGAUCGCCAAGGACCACGGUUUCCAGAAUAUAGCCGAUUACAUUGCGUCCUUCGACUUCCCGGACAUAGACCCUAGUGUCAUUACUGCGAGCAUGCGUCUCCUGCAGUCGUCGAAGGUUUCGUCGAAGGCCUUGGCAUUAGUUGCUGAAAUGUCGGCUCAGGAAAAGGCCAACGUGAUCAUGAGCCACUCUAAGGUGAUGACCGAAUCCUUCAAGAAUGAGGUCGUUCCUCCAAUGGAGGGUCUCAGCGAGUCUAUGCGUCUAGCUCAACAGAAGGUCUGCCAGGUCGUCAACAGAUAUGAGAUAGACAAAAAGAAAAAGGCUAUGGAAGAUUUCGUUAGUAAUAUCGAUGAGCUGGCCUCUGAGCGCGAGAAGGAGAGGCCUCCAUCUGAAGAAGAGGUCCUUGCGGCCAAGGCCGCAGAACGCCGUGCAGAAGAGCAAAGGGAAGCCGACUCCAUCCAGCGUAGGCUCGCUGAGAAUGCUGCGGAGCGAUCGCGAAAAGCGGCUGAGCGUCUCGCCCUUGCUGAGCAGGCGGCUGCCGAACGCGAAGUGGAGCUUAUGAAGGCUAGCGCCUCUCGCCUGGAGGCCUUGUCAGCAAUGUUUCCAACCGACGGAAAUCCCGAAUCACCCCCGCCUCUGCUUCCAGUCACCCUCGCCCAAUUGACCGCCUAUCCCCCCUCCGCUGACGUUAAGGGCACAGUUGAGGAUACUCUUCGUGCGUCUGCUCUCGAUGAAUCUGUAGAAGGGACAGCCGGACCGAUCAACGUUGGCGCUGCUACUCAGGAUGAGGUCGAUGUUGAUGAUAUCAUCAAUCAGAUAUCGGCUGCCGGAGUAGUAAACGAUGCGUAUGAAGCAUACUCCAGUGAUGACGAGGGCGGUCAGACAGAGGACUCUGUGUUCCGUGCUAACCAGCGAGUGGGAUACACUGUUCCGGAGGGUGUCGAGCAUUACGGUUCGGGGGAGCCAGCAAACAACGGCACUUGCGGCAGGGCCGAUAUCAGGCUAAGCGCGGAGGAGAUAGAGCGUGAGCACGAGGAGCUGCGGCGUAAGCGCCAAGAUAUCCAAGAAAGGAACAGGGCGUUCCACAGGAACGAAGAUGUCAUCGACUCCACAAAUCCGUUUCCGCUAAUAGGCACUUCGGUGGAGAAGCACGUUCCGUUUCCUUCCGUCAGCAGUCACGAAAAGUUGGAUCCCACACUAAUCGUUCCUAGACAGUACACGCCAAAGACAGACGCCAAGGGCAGGCCUUUACAUGAACGUAUUGACCACUCUAACUCUCCCUCCAGAAGCAUCCUUGUUACCACACAGGGGAGCAUACCCCCUGAUCCUAAUGCUACUAUGGGCCCUGCUCAGAUUCAAGGAAUCUUACCUGCCGAUUACUACGGCAUCAGGCUUUAUUGCACCUGCCCCGAAUGUACCGCCAAGCUUACAGAAAUAGCCUGCCAACUGCAUGCCAAAGAUAAACGUAUUGCUGCCCUUCAAAACGCUCUCGAGGAAACACGUGCGUUCGCUGCAGCUUGCGUCAGCCAGAUGCAGGGGUGCGCCAAUUGUUACCAAAUGAAGAAUCUAAAGGCAGCUGGCUAUACUGAUGACUCUGUUCUGAUAAACACGGCCACUAAUACUGCGCACCUGGUAACCAGUGCAUCCCCAGGAGGCAUCUAUGUUCAAGGAAAUCCAAAUGCAUUUAUGGCUAACAGCAUCGCAGCCAAUCGCUUCACAGGCACGGUGCGCUCUGCAACACUUAAGCUUGAGGAGCACGGAUUUAUUCCUCGGGCAGCAGACCGUCUUCUUUUCCCGCGCACACAUGAAGAUGUGCUUGGGUUUCAUACUUCCCCAACUCAAUCUCGCAACCCAGAUCUUACAAAGACAUCUAGCACAAGGAAAGGCACCUCCACUGUUAAGUCACCCUCUAAGACUCUCGGAUUCAAUCAACUUCUUGUCAGGACGAGUUCCGGGUCACCUAUUACGAGCAGCAACGUGUCCACAAACUCCACACAUCGUACAGGCCACAAGGUUAACUCGGACGUGCCUUUACGUAGCACUACUUCCUUAAUUGAUUAUAGCGUGUCUCCUUUUUGUAAUAAGACAGAGCUUAUGCUGGCAGCGAAGGGAGGGAACAUCACGGAGGUGCAGAGGCUUCUCGAUACGCAGCGUGGGGAGGUAGAUGGCUGUGGCCGCACGGCACUAAUGUAUGCGGCUGAGUACGGUCAUUUGGAGUGCGUUAAAUCGCUUCUUGAAUAUGAAGAUUGUGUGGCUGACAGGGAUGGUAUGACUGCGUUGAUGUAUGCAGCCUCUUUCGGACAUCUUGCGUGUGUAAAGGUACUUGCAGAGAAAGAGGCGUCGUUUAAGCGCCCACAGGAUGGCGCAACUGCACUGAUGGCUGCGUGUGCGAACGGAUUUGAUGAGAUUGUCUCGGUUCUGCUCCCUCUUGAAAAGAAAAUGCAGACCGUUGACGGCCGCACCGCUUUAAUGAUCGCUUGCCAAAAUUCCCACCUCCCCUGUGUAAUGAAGAUGCUGCCUGACGAGCACGACCAGAUGACCGCAACAGGCCGCGAUACCCUCUCCUAUGCACGCGAAAGCGGAAAUGCUCUCAUCAUCCACGAGGUUGAGAAAGUGUUCAGACAGGCGCAGCACUUGAUAUGA